CUGCCGGCCACUCUGUCUGGACACUACUACACCCUCAAAGUGGUAGGCUCUGGAGGACUUAGCUUUACAAACCAGAGGUCACUGCAGGUCAACAAGAAGCAAUAUUCCAUCUUCAUUCAGACAGAUAAAGGAAUGUACAAGCCUGGAGACAAAGUGAACUUCCGGUCGUUUGCUGUGUACCCCGAUCUCAGCGCUUUCACUGAGCCUGUGGACAUCCUUGUUUAUGUACACCUACGGGAAGCCUGUCUCCGGCAAGGCUGAUGUAUGGGUCACUCUGGACUAUAACUACGACACAUACGGCACGAGAACAAGUGACAACGUCCUCCACACUGUCCAGAGGAUGGACGGAGAGACUACUGUGACUGUGCCCAUGGCAACAUUGAAAGCCCUGACCAGUUCGUUGAACAAAAGAGUUCUGAAGGUCGUUACAAACGUAACGGAGUCGUUGACAGGAAACCUGAUGACGGCCAGCGGGAAGGUCACUCUCUAUGACAGCCGUUUUAAGCUGGACUUCCCAAAAACAAACCCUGAAACCUUCAAGCCUGGACUUGAGUAUACAGCUUAUGACAAGAGCCUAUCCACGUACUACAAUCCAGUGAGAAGCGUCCGCUCGAUGCCCACAAUGCAGCUGAGCGUCCCUGACAACGGACUGGUUGCCAUCCCCGUAGAUAUCCCCAGUGACGCCGACGAAGUGACCGUGACAGCCAAGUACAAUGUCAUCCAGGAACAGUUGAAACUAAAGAAGAGUUACUCCCCCAGCUCAUCUUAUAUCCAGAUGAGCCUCAAGUCCUCAGGAGCUAUUCAGGCUGGUGACAUGAUCAACUUUGAAGUAAAAGCCACGCAACCAGUGGACCAAUUGGUCUACCAGGUGAUGUCCAGGGGAGCGUUGGGCCUAACCGGGAAAGUGAACGGCAACCAUCAGACGAGCGUCUCCUUUGCCCUUAGGACAAGGCCUUCCAUGGCGCCCAACGCUCGCAUUGUCGUGUACUACGUCAGAGCUGACGGGGAAAUCGUCACUGACAGCCUGAGUUUUGACAUAAAUGGCGCUUUCAAAAACAAGGUCGACGUCAGCUUCAACAAGAAUAAAACAGAGCCUGGUAACAAGGUUCAGUUAACAGUCAAGGCCGACCCAGGGUCUAAUGCUCAUCUUUUGGCCAUCGACCAAUCAGUGCUCCUGCUCCGUUCUGGAAAUGACGUCACGACAACUGAUGUGUACUCGGAGCUGAAGGCCUACGACACCAUCAAGGACAACGAACAGAAUGACGUCAUCCCGAUCCUAGGCGGAGGAAUCAGGCCAGCUGGGCCUAUCCGCCGAAAGAGAAGUAUCUGGUGGCCGUUCCCGAUAUCUUACGGAGGAAGUGAUGCAACCAAAAUUUUCCAGAACGCUGGUGUCGUGGUCAUCACUGACGCCCUUUUGUACCAGCACCGGGAACCAAUCCCCCGCUGGCCCGUCAGGCGCCUGCCUGAGCAGCUGCCUAGGCGCAGGGGCUGGGGCUGGAGCGGCCCCAGGGGCAUGGUCGAGGGACGACCCCGUAGCCAAGCAAGGUUCAACGCGGCCCAAGCCUUUCAGGCCCCCCAACUCCAGCGGGAAACGGCGGUUGACAUGCCAAAGCAACCGAAAAAGCUCGCAGAAGUGGAGAGAGUCCGGGUGGACUUCACCGAGUCCUGGCUCUGGUUGAACCAACCGAUUAGCUGACUGUGUUCCGCCCUUUCUUCGUGAGUUUGAACCUGCCUUACUCUGUGACCAAUGGAGAGCAACUAGCCCUACAGGCCAUUGUGUUUAAUUAUCUGGAUAGUGACGCACAGGUUCGCGUGACUCUAACAAAGUCUAAGAGCUUUAUGAACAUCUUCGUUGACAACAACGGCGUGGAGGGAACGAAGCAAGAGGACGCCGUGCAAGAUGUAUUGGUGAAGUCUGGAGAGGCAAAAUCUGUGUAUUUCCCCAUCGUUCCAAUUGACCUUGGGAAGAUCGAUGUGGAGGUCAAGGCACAGAGCACCCGUGCCGCGGACGCCGUGAGAAGACAGCUGCUGGUGGAGGUUGACAGCGUUCGUGGUGAAAGUUUUUCAUCAAGCCAGUUCCCAUAUCUACGUGGAUGAUGACGUCAUAACCAGAGCUGUCAACUGGAUGCUGAACAAACAGAACUCAGACGGCUCCUUCCCUGAGCCAGGGCGGGUUAUUCACAAGAGCAUGCAGGGCAAGGCUGGCAGUGGAACGGCUCUCACCCUGUUUGUCUUUAUCUCCUUGAUGGAAAACAAAGAUCUCUUCGCCACCGGGGCUUACGCCACAAAGUUCGAGUCAGCCCGCACCAAGGCACUAACCUACCUUGAGGCCCAGAUGGUCGACGAGGAUGACCCCUACAAUCUGGCUCUGGCUGCGUACGCCUUCCAACUGGCCGGAAGUAGCAAGGCCCAAAGUGUCCUCAACAAACUGGAACAGAAAGCCACAGUCAAGGAUGGACUCAAGUACUGGCACUACCCACAAACUACCACGUCAACCAGCACCGCGACCUGGCAUAGACCCAAUCCAGCCAAGGCCAUUGAUACAGAAAUGACGUCAUACGUCCUUCUGACUUAUGCUGCUCGUAGAGAUCUGAUCAACGGGAAGAGCAUCAUGCAGUGGGUGGUACAGCAGAGGAAUCCUAACGGUGGAUUUUCCUCCACUCAGGACACUGUGGUUGCUUUGAAUGCCCUGUCUGAGUUCAAUAGGCUGGUGUACGGUGACAAGUUCCAGGUGCACAUUACUGCCACCCUGGACAGAUCUACCAAGUACGAUUUCGACAUUGACAAGACAAAUUCCCUCGUGUUGCAGACUAGAGAGAGUACCACGGUUCCAGCCCAAGUGAAGAUUGAUGCCACAGGAAGCGGUGUUGUUCUGGCCAAUGUGGCUGUCUUCUUCAAUGUUCCAUCUGAGGUGGAAGAGACGACCUUUCACCUCUCUUUGCACCUGGAAAAGGAUACACUGAACCAGCUGACCAUUUUGGUCUGCACUCGUUGGAUGGGUGAGGGUUCCGCUAGCGGUAUGGCUGUUGCAGAGAUCGGCAUUCCAUCUGGAUUUGAGGCAGACCGGGAAAGCAUUACCCAAGUCAAACUGCUCAAGAGAGUCGAAUACGAGAACAAGAAAGUCAUUCUCUACUUUGAUGAGAUCAAUAGGUCAGAACUCUGUGUUGACUUGACCGCUGUGAGAACAGGACUAGUGGCCAAGUCUCAGCCUGCAGCUGUCAGAGUCUAUGACUACUACGAGCCAGGAAACCAAGUGACAGCGUUUUACCAGUCUCAAAUCCUCAAGGAUUCCACUGUGUGUGACGUUUGCUCCGAAUGCGAGAACUGUGUG